AUGGAGGCUGGGCCCAGAACUGCACCAUCCUCCGACCAGCGGACCGGAAGUUCACCCUUUCACGAUCCUGAUGUGUCGCCCCUGCAAAUCGAUGUAGGCAAUCUGGUGCGUCUGCUGGUCAAGGAGGAGCAACUUACGCAGGCACGCAAGCGUGCUGAUAAGCUGGAACGUGAGAACUUUGAUGGGAGCGAAUGUCCCAGAUGGGCUCGGAACUGCACCAUCCUGAUCAGGAAGCUGAAGAUGAGUGACAUGGAGAUAUCAAAGGCCAUUCUUUUGAUGGACAGCAAUGAGCAGCUGACACUCGACAUGGUCGAGCAGCUGCUAAAGUUCACGCCAUCGGCGGAGGAUGAGCAUAGCGAGGAUAUUAAGUCACUGGCCCGCGCCGAUUGCUCCCUUUACGAAGUAUCAAAGUUGGUUAUAAAUACCACAGGCAACUACAUGAUUCCUCCGGAUUCCGACUGGCCUCACUAAAUCGCCGUUCACCGGCAGCCAUCGAGCCGGACUCAGAGGGCAGGCCGUUGCUCCAAGGGUAUGUGCCCGUCGAGCAGAAGAUCCAGCAGAAGCUGCAGGACCUCAAGGCGCU